AUCAACAGGAAGAGGACACUCUGGUUCUACAAUUUGUAAAAGAAUUAUAUGCUGAGGAAGAGGACGCUCUACUUCCAGGAUUUGUAAAAAAGCCUUGCUUCUGUUGUGGUAUCUCUGGUGUAUUUCCUACAGACCUUGAGAUGGAGAAAUCUCUUCUUCAUGAUUUUCAAAGAUUAUAUGCUGAGGAAGAGGACACUCUACUUCCAGGAUUUCUAAAAAAGCCUUGCUUCUGUUGUGGUAUCUCUGGUGUAUUUCCUACAGACCUUGAGAUGGAGAAAUCUCUUCGUCAUGAUUUUCAAAGAUUAUAUGCUGAGGAAGACGACACUCUACUUCCAGGAUUUGUAAAAAAGCCUUGCUUCUGUUGUGGUAUCUCUGGUGUAUUUCCUACAGACCUUUGAGAUGGAGAAAUCUCUUCUUCAUGAUUUUCAAAGAUUAUAUGCUGAGGAAGAGGACACUCUACUUCCAGGAUUUGUAAAAAAGUCUUGCUUCUGUAGUGGUAUCUCUGGUGUAUUUCCUACAGACCCUUGAGAUGGAGAAAUCUCUUCGUCAUGAUUUCAAAGGUAAUUAAUGUAAUUCCUGACAUUAUUGCUAAUUUUGAUUUUGAUUUUUUAAAAAUUUCUAAAAAUGUGUUAACAUGUUGAAAAUGGCUCUAAUCAGUAUCUUAACACAUUUUUAGAAAAUUUUCAAAUAUCCUCAGUUUUCGCCAAAAUAGUAAGGGGUACCCCUUUGGCCAAAA